AUGGCCUCGACAAUGGCUUCUCGCAGGCUCGCAUUGAACCUGCAGCACGCUACGCGCAGCCGUACCGCCAUCAACGCCAUCAAGAAUGGCUCGCUGUCGCGCUUCCGCGGUCUCGCUACCCCCGUCAGCCACGGCUCCAAGACUGAGAGCACCACCCUCAGUAACGGCUUCACCAUCGCCACCGAGCACUCGCCCUACGCCCAGACCUCGACCGUCGGUGUAUGGAUCGAUGCCGGCAGCCGCGCCGAGACCGACAAGACCAACGGCACUGCUCACUUCCUCGAGCACCUUGCCUUCAAGGUACACACCACCAACCAUAUCAAUGCAAAGACCAUAUCUAAGAGACGUUGUAGNGGAACCCAGAAGCGCAGCCAGAGCCAGCUCGAGCUCGAGAUUGAGAACAUGGGUGGCCACCUGAACGCCUACACUUCGAACACCGUCUACUACGCCAAGUCGUUCAACUCGGACGUCCCCAACACCGUCGACAUCCUUUCCGACAUUCUCCAAAACUCCAAGCUCGAGACCCAGGCCAUCGAGCGCGAGCGCGACGUCAUUCUUCGCGAGCAGGAGGAGGUUGACAAGCAGCUCGAGGAGGUCGUCUUCGACCACUUGCACGCCACCGCCUUCAUGAACCAGCCCCUUGGUCGCACCAUCCUCGGCCCCAAGGAGAACAUCCAGUCCAUCAGCCGUGACGACCUUACCAACUACAUCAAGACCAACUACACCGCUGACCGCAUGGUCCUUGUUGGCUCUGGCGGUGUUCCCCACCAGGAGCUCGUCCAGCUCGCCGAGAAGUACUUCAGCAACAUCCCCAUGGCUCCUCCAACUUCGACCGCCCAGGCCAUCGCCAACGCCCAGAAGGAGAAGCCCGACUUUGUUGGUUCCGAGGUCCGUAUCCGUGACGACACCAUCCCCACCGCCAACAUCGCCAUUGCCGUCGAGGGUGUCAGCUGGAAGGACGACGACUACUUCACCGCCCUCGUUACUCAGGCCAUCGUCGGUAACUGGGACCGCGCCAUGGGCAACUCGCCCUACCUCGGCAGCAAGCUCAGCACCUUCAUCCACGAGCACAAGCUCGCCAACAGCUUCAUGAGCUUCUCCACCAGCUACAGCGACACUNNGGGUAAGCACUCGCGCAACUCUUUUUACGUUCGUCCGUCACUAACACGACACAGUCUCUGGGGUAUCUACCUCGUCACCGACGCCGUCACCCGUAUCGACGAUCUCGUCCACUUCACCCUCCGCGAGUGGUCGCGCCUGUCAUUCCAGGUUUCCGAGGCCGAGGUCGAGCGCGCCAAGGCCCAGCUCAAGGCUUCGAUCCUCCUCUCGCUCGACGGCACCACCGCUGUUGCCGAAGACAUUGGUCGCCAGAUCAUCACCACCGGUCGCCGUCUCGCACCCGAGGAGGUUGAGCGUGUUGUUUCUCAGAUCACCGCCAAGGACGUCAUGGACUUCGCCAAGCGCAAGCUUUGGGACCGCGACAUUGCCAUCUCCGCUGUUGGUCAGAUCGAGGGUCUGCUCGACUACUCGAGAAUCCGCAACGACAUGACCAGAAUGCUGUCGUAA